GACAAAGCGACGUAAACAAACAUACACAUGAGCCAAACAAACUGUGUUGUUUGUCAGUGUGUCUUUAAUAUAUGUCUUCAGUGUUAUCAUUUGUAUUAAAGAUUUUAACCAGUGUCAUAUUUAUCAGAAAUAUUAAUUUUAUUACAACUUAUAAAUGUCGUUCGAGAUACGCAGCAUACUGCGUCAAAAUUCACAGUGAAGUUAAAGAUACAGUAUAUACGUAUUAUGUUGGGCUGGAAGGACUGAGGCCUCAGUAAAGACAAAAGAAAAUGAUUCUCAGAAUAUCGUCUUGCCUCCGAGCUAGAGUCACAAGAAAUCGUUUCAUUGUGAUACUCAUAACAUGUGUGGUGUUAAUGAAUGAGUGGAUCUCAUGUGCUUUCACAGCCUCUAACUGGCCAGUCAUUACGAAUGAUAGUGAAGACAGUGUCCGAAUAUUAAUAGCAGCAGAUCCUCAGAUUCUGAGUGUUACUUCAGAGCCUCACUUCCCAUUUAGCAUAAUCACAACUUGGGAUGCUAACCGAUUUAUUAGUCGUGGAUUUCACCUGGCAUUGUGGAGAACAAAGCCUGAAGUUGUUGUGUUCUUAGGUGACCUUUUAAAUGAUGGAAGCAUUGCUGGUGAUGAUAACUUUUAUUCGUUAGUUCACAGCUUCAAAAAUCUGAUGGAUAUUCCGAAUUAUGUUAAGCAUGUUAUAUAUGUUCCUGGAGACAACGACAUUGGUGGAGAGGGAAUUGACCGGGUCACACCACACAAAGUUCAGAGAUUCUUCUCAUUCUUCAAUCAAUCAAAUACUUUGCAAUAUAAAUUUGUCGACUUCAUCCAAGUUCGUGUGAUGGAUGACAACAAUGUCAUAACCCCAGUCCUGCCACAAGAGGAUGACAGAGUACGCAUUCUUCUUUCUCACAUACCUCUACUACCCAUAACCAGGACAAAAAUAAAGGAGGACUGUCACUUAUGCAGUUACGCUCAUUGCUGGAUUGCGUGUUUGAGCCUCAGCCGUGUUGACCAGUUGGAAUAUGCUCCACCAGAUUUGAAAGUAUUGGAACAACAUCCAUCCUUCAUAUUCUCUGGGCACGAACAUGACUCUUUCCAUUUUGUUGGCACAAAAGAAAAGGCACAUGCUCAAGAAUUUCGAGUUCUCAAAGACAAAGACAGAGGAAAAAUUUGGAAGUUUGAAAUACUCAAAGAUAAGCUACAUGAAGUGACGGUUCCCACUUGCUCCUACAGGAUGGGCAAGAAGCAGUAUGGCUAUGGAGUAGCUGUUAUUGAAAAAUCUGGCCAUGUUCACUACACAGUCCUGUGGUUACCGUCCCGCUUUACACAGUUGUGGCUGUACUUGAUCACCCUUGGUAUUGUCUUCUUUGUUGUUUUACCAUCUAUUCUGUGUAUCAUCAGAAAUUACCUUGUGACACUGUGCAAAUUAUGUGGCGUUGCUUUGGGAUUUGGGCCAAAAUACCAUCGCAUAUAAUCACUUUGUAUAUACACAUAUUAUCUGGGACACCAAAUUGGAGGGUAACGUAUUCUCUACUUAGGAAUCUCAAGAGGAAUCAUCCUUGAGCCAGGCAGUGGAGGAAUGGUAAAGGUGAUGUUCAUUACAGCAUGUGUGAAAUUGGUCAGCCCUGUCAUACCAAGGCCCAUAGUAUAGUACAGGUUAUUCUACUCUGGCCUCCAAGGACAUAAUCUCACUAUUUUCUUAGAAGCAGGAAACAUUUUAAGAUUACUCAUAGGAGUUGAAGUAACCAGUCUGAUUUAUUUUUAGAUGAAAUAAACAUUCCAGAAAUUAUUUUUAGACAAAGAUUAUAAGAUUUAUUUUUGGAUGGUAUAAACAUUUUAAAUUUAUUUUUUAGGAAAUACGUAAUGUAAAAAUUCAGUUAUUAUUCAUGGGGAAUGAAAGAACCAUUUUAAUAUUAAUAUAUCUAAGAGAUGAAGUAAAACAGUAUUAUGUGAUCAUGUUUGAAACUUUAUGGUCAUUAAUGAAUUUUAUGAUAUUUAUGCAUUGUUUUAUAUACAGCAGCUAAAUGUAUUAUGUUAUGUACUCAAGGUGUUAAGUUUGUUUGAUUAUAAGUUUCAAUUCCCAAUUUAAUUUCUAAAAGUUUAUCCAGUUUUUUUUAAUCAGGUUUGUAGGGAACAUUCUACAGUCUUUUUGUGAUGAUGUGUUGUUAUAGUAUCUGUGUUAUGGGUAAUGCAGCACAAUCUUCUGUCCAAUAUUUUUGUCUCUAAGGUGAUUGGAUUUUUACAUAUAAAAGUUUUAAUGCUAAUACUGUAUACAGUACUGUAUUACUAAAGUAUAAUCAAACUACUUCCCAUGUUAUCUAUAGAGAUGAUUUACAUAAUGUUAGAAUGUAUUCUCUAAUAUUGUAUGUACUAUAUAAAACUAUUUUUAUAAAGUCUUCAUUUUGUCUUGUGAGAGAAUUCAUUGAUCAACAAUAAAUAAAUAACAGGUGGAUUCACUGUUAACUGUUCAAACAUUUAGCACAAGUACAGUAAAUGGAAUAUUUGGUUAAAUCUGAUGAUUUAUUGGAUGAGUGUUAUUGUAACAAUGCACCAGCACUUUAUCAACACUUAUGGCAAAAACUAAUGUGGAGGCUUCACCACUUUCUAAUUAGGAGGUGUAUAGUUUAGUAGAUGCCACAGAAGAACAUGGAUCUUGUAUAGUAUAUGUUAAAGGUGGUAUUACUUGUAACAUUUAGUAUUCCAUUUUAUAAUAUUACAUGUAACAAUUAACAUUCCAUUUUAUAAUAGUGUUUUUAAACAAAAUUAGACACAAGUUCAACAUGGCAGUCAUGACCCCUCAGUGGUUACCAACUACCAGUUUUGUGUUGUCAUGUAGUGUUAAUGAGUACAGUGUAUAAUAUAAUUUAAUCCUUUCAGGCAGGGCUACCGAGAGCUGGUCAGGUCCCUGGGAAAGAUAAAUUUAUGGGCCACUUUACAGAUGCAUUUAAUAUUUAUAUCUCCCUUCUCCGGGACCCGUAGAGGCCCGGGCCCCGAGGAUUUAUUACGGCUUCCCCGUCCUCUCAGUGGCCCUGCUUUCAGGUGUACUUACCGGGUAGUACAAUUAAGGCGCUUGAUGAAACACCAACGUAUGCGCAAAAAUCAAGUUUUGAGAUAAUCAAAGUUAAACUUAGUGUACUGUACAUUGUUUUUAUCAUUACUCCAUUACCAACCAAUGUUCAGGACAAGAAUCUUAUUUCUCCAUGGUUGGUUUAUGUCAGUAUUCCACAAAGCUCUUCAAUUAAAUAAUAAAUAACUGGCUUGUAGUUUUGGGUUAGCACACUUAAAUGCUUUGUACUGUAUUAGAUAAAAUUUAAAUUCAAAGUGUCAGUAAUUCUGUUUAUAAUUUUCACAAAUGUAUGUAUAAAUUACCAGUUAACUUGCUACCAUGUUGUAGAAUUAUGCAUAUUCUUAUGCACUCAGUAGUGAGGCUUUGCAGAUUGAAGUAAUACACUAAUGGAAGUGUUAGCUUUAGUGAAGAAGUGCCAUUAGGAGAACAAGGAAGCAAGCUAAUUAUAAUAGGAGUACUGCCAUUGUGUUUCAUAGUAUAGAAAUUGUUUAGGUUUGGUAAUAAGGUGAGUGGGGGGGGAGUACAUAAAAUAUAAAUUGGAGGAAGAAACACACAAAAUAUAUAAAAAUAGGAGAUCAGCAGUAGGAAGAAAUAGUAGCACUUUAAAGAGAAAUUUUAAUAAAAGUAAUAGCUCAUAGAGGGGUUGGGGCAGCUACUCUCACACGAAUGACAAAUAGUAGGAUGAAGAUUUGAUCUAAAAUGGUUUAUUUAUAAGGAAUGCAUGAUUUGUCAGCUACAGUGGGUCCCCGGGUUAUGAAUGGGUUCUGUUCCCGAGGACGUUUGUAAGUCGGAACACAUGCUAUGUGCAUACCGUAUUUACAAAACAAUGUUUAAAAUCUCACUAUAUCAUAGCCUAAGUCCUUAUA